CGCCGGGCGUCCCGAGCGGCGCGGUACGUCACCGGUGACGUCACGAUAGCUAUAUAGUCUGGCGUCGACGGCGCGCCAGCCAGUGUCUGCCGCCGCUCGGACCGGAGAGAGCCCCGCUGUCUGUCGGCUGGGGACCGCGCUGUCCCAGAGCCUGGCGAGUUCGUCCGACCGGUCUCUCUCCGUCGCCGCGUCGCGCCGCCAGCUUUCCCCGUUCAGCAGUCGAGUGUGUGACCGCCGGGAGAGCAGUCAGCGCGCGCAGUCUGUCCGAGAUGGCUGUCAGUGAGCCCGUGCUGAUGGUGCCGCCGGCCAGCGAGCCGGUGCCGAUCGCGGCGCCCGCCCGCCCGCCGGCCGCCGGCGGCUCGUCCGUCUCCUCCGACAGCGACGAGUCGUCGCUGCCGACGGCCCUGCUCUCGUCGGCUGCCUCGUCCGACGGCCGCGACAGCGGCGUCGAGGCCGACGCCUUCGAGCCGCCCGACGAGAUCGUCACGCGCGCCAUCGUCGAUGCCGUUGAGUUCUACUUCAGCGACGAGAACCUGCUGCGCGACGCCUUCCUGCUGAAGCACGUCAAGCGCAACAAGGAGGGCUUCGUCAGCGUCAAGCUCAUCUCGAGCUUCAAGAGGGUGAAGCACAUCAGCCGCGACUGGCGCGUGGUGGCGCACGCGCUCCAGCACAGCGACCAGAUCGAGCUCAGUGACGCCGGUACCAAGGCGCGCCGGCUGCAGCCGCUGCCGGAGCACGACGAGACGGUGACGAGCCGCACCGUGGUGGCCGUCAACCUGCCCCUCCAGAACCCCACCAUCGCCUCCGUGUCGGAGCUCUUCGGCGCGUGCGGGGACAUCAGCAGCAUCCGCGUGCUGAAGCCCGGCAGCAACAUCCCCGUGGAAGUGCGCGCCGCCUUCAACAAGCACCCGGACGUCGCCUGGGAGAACGUCAACUGCGCCGUGGUCGAGUUCGACCUGCAGGAGCAGGCGCGCAGGGCCAGGGACACGAUGACGGCCGAGGAUCCCACCGACCCCGCCGGCAUGCACAUCCUGCCCAUCGGCAAGGUCAGCAACAAGAAGAAGUCGCGUCAGGAGGAGAUCGCCGAGGAGGCAGCGAGCGGCGCCUUGCUGGGCGUCAUCGCCGCGGAUGCGCAGAAGAAGCGCCGCCAGCGCCGCAAGAAGAACGUGCUGGCCCACUCGGACAGCCGGGGCUCCAUCUCGGGCACGGACGGCGAGCUGAGCAGCACGCCCGGCUCCCGGCGCAACUCGCCGCCGCACGGCUGUGUGCCGCUGCUCAGCCACCCGCCGCCGCUGCUCAGCGUCCCGCCUCCCCUGCUGAGCCACCCUCCGCCGCUGCUGAGCCAGCCGCCGCCGCUGCUGAGCUGCCCGCCGCCGCUGCUGCCGCUGCCGGCUGGCCUCGUGCCGCGCCGCCAGUCGCCCCCCAGCGGCGGGCGCAGCUCCGUGUUCGCCAGCACCGACAUCCGCCUGCUGCCCGACGGCGGCGCCUCCAUCUCCAAGCCGCCGCCGGCCGCCCCGAGCGCCGCCAAGCCGCCGGCUGCCGGUGGCAAGCCGGCCUCGGAGCGCCGUCAAAAGAAGAGCAGCCCACCGUCGUUCGACGGCCCGCCGCCGCCCGGCACCUGCCCUUGGAUCCAGCGCCGAAAGGCGUCCGGCGUGCAGGAUGGCGACCGGCGCGGCUCCCUCAUCGCCCAGGAGCACGUGCUGCGCGCGCCGCGCGGCCCCGACGGCACCAGCGGCUUCACGGCGGCGCUGCGACGGUCGCGGCCCGCCCCUGCCGCCUCCGCCGCCGCCGCCACCCCCGCCCAGAACUGAUCCCCCACCGCACUCGGCUGUGAUGAAGGGGCGAGCCAUGCUGUGAUAAACUGUGCCGCACGCAGCGGGCCGACGUCGACGCCAGUUUGCGCCGUCGACCCGCUGCGUCCUCAUGAGCUGGUACAAGUUCUCCGACCGUUGCUCGUCCUGUCUUACUAAGGAGAUAUUUAUAUGAGUCAGUGCCGACUUUUUGUUGGCCCUCUAUUUAGAGAUGUGCAUGUUUGUUGAGUAUUUGAGAGAGCUGAGUGCGGCUGAGUGCGAUUGGGAGAUCUGAGAGCUUGGGCGUGUAUUUAUUGUAUUUUUCCUUGUCGGUGCCUGGUGUUCCUAUGGGGGCGAUGCGAGUUGUCACUUGAUGCAACUGUAUACUGUGUCCAAAUACACAUAUGUCCACAUCA